AUGUUAUCAAGAUUUCUUAGAACCAGCACCCUACCGCUGGCAAGACAAAUCGUCAGACUCCCCUUAAGAUCAUCGUCAGCAUUAUUCCGUCCAGUCCGCUUUUAUUCGGCCGAACCUGCCAAAUCCUUGAAGUCAUCCACCUUCUCCCUACCGAAGGAUGUCCCGCCAGAACUUGAAGACUUCAAGUUAACGAAGCUUGUGACUGGUAAGACUAAUCUUAGGAUAGCUAUUACCGACCGUGCAAAGGAUAAAUUAACCCAGAUUGCAAAGGAUGAUAAUAACCCUGACUCAGCAUUGCGGAUCAAGGUUGAAAGUGGUGGAUGCCACGGAUUUCAGUAUAAUCUUGAGCUUACGAACCUCUCGAAGGAGCUUGAGAGUGAAAGCGACUUGUUAGUGUUUGAAAGAGACGAUGCCAAGUCGGCCAAGGUGAUCUUUGAUGAAUCAUCCUUGGAGAUUCUUCAAGACUCAAGGAUAGACUUCACUACAGAGCUUAUCGGCACAUCAUUCAAGGUGACCGACUCUCCUUACACAUCUACUUCCUGUGGAUGUGGUGCAUCGUUCGAUUUCGACUUUGACAAAUUGCAUGCGGCGAAGGGCGAGUAA